AUGAGCCAAGGCAUGAGCCGCCGCGAGGAGCGCGCCGCCAAAAUCGGCGUCUGCGACCUCCUAUCGCGCCUCGUACCGCUUCCCAACAGCGCAGACCCAGCCUCCUACCUCGUCACUCCACACGUCACCACCACGCUCCUCUCGAACCUCUUUCGCCAUCUCUUCGAGAGCGUCCCUUCGCCCUCCGUCCUCUUGCCCUGCGACCCCGGCACCACCGUCCAGGAAGCCCUCGAGCUCCUCGCCUCCCACGACUGGAACCUCUCGCGCGCUCAGAUCGAGCAGACCCGCCAACUCGCUCUCGCACGCAAAAAGGGUAAACAGGCGCAGCGCGCACAGUCGCCAUGGUCCACCUCCAGCGCACACGAAGACCUCCAAGACCCGGACCUUUUGGGCCCCGAAUACUCCGAGGCACGCAGAGGCAUGUCCUGCGGCCAUCUCUUCCAAAAGGGCGAGGCCAUCUAUCGCUGCCGCGACUGCGGCCUCGACGAAACCUGCGUGCAGUGCGCACCCUGCUUCGAGGCCUCUCUCCAUGCGAGGGAGGAUCACGACGUCGUCUUUAGCGUCUCCUCCUCCAGCGGCGGCUGCUGCGACUGCGGUGACCCAGAGGCGUGGAAGCAAGACGUCUGCUGUCGCUACCAUUCAGAAGCACAACCGCCACUCACGGCUAAUACAGCCACCGACAUGGACCUCGAGUCCGACUCCCAGCAGCCGUCCUCACAUCCCUCGUCCGCCGCGGACGACGCCGACGGACUCGACCAGAUCGACGACGCCCUCGCUGCUCUGCCCUCCGACGUCCGCUCGCCCCUCCUCGAUGCUAUCGGCGAGCUCGUCACCCUCAUCGUCACCGUCUUCGACCACAACAUGACUGGCGCCAUCCUCCCCAACCUGCACAAGCUCGAAGACAUGCCGCUCUGCCCAAGCCUCGAAGAGGGCCUAGUUUCCCAACACUCCACCCGCACUCCUUCCAAGCGCAAAAACAACGCCACCGCCGGUCACGACAGCGACGAAGAGAUGAGCGCCGUCGAGGUAGAGACCCUCGUGGGCGACUCCAACGACGCCAGCGAUGACCAUCCCGGUGGUGCCUCCACCGCCCUUGGCCGCGAUGGCUUCGGCCUGCGCUCGCGUCCAGACAGUGCCUCCGGCUCGCAGCUCAAAUCCGCCGCCGACUCCACCGCUUGGCGACCCGCCCCUGCACGUCUGUCCACCCGCAUCAGGAAUGACACCUACGACAGUGCUGCGGCUUCUGACGACGCCUCGACGGGCUCAGCCGAACCCAGGAGAUCCAACACCGAUACCACCGACGCCCAGACUCCUCGUGAUGCCGGCACCGGCAACCGCCUCUUUGCCGUGCUCCUGUGGAACGACGAGAAGCACAGCUUCAGCCAGGUCAUCGACAUCGUCACAGACGCAACCGGCCGCUCAGAGCACGACGCAAAGGGCGUCGCAGAGCGCGUCGACAAGCACGGCAGGGACAUCAUCGAGGUAUCCUCCGACCUGCGCCGCCUCUUCCAGAUCGCCCGCGUCCUCAACUCGAUCGAUCUCAUGGUCACCUUGCGUCCCGCCUUCGACGUCUACGCCGACGAGGUCAUCCAGCUCGUGCUCAACUUUGUCAUGGACCUCUCCAAUUGCAACCUCUACUUGCCCGGAGGCGUCGACGACGAAGCUCACGCCCAGCCUCUCUUUGGCCAGGCCCCGCUCAAACCUGACGCGGCCGCCUUCAAGCACAUCAUCGCCCGCAGCUUCUUUGCGCCCUUCCAGCCCUUCCGCCGCAUCGAGGCCGGCUGCAUGAGCCCCGAAUUCUUCGAUCCGCGCAACAUCGCCUGCUACGAGGCGCUGCUCCUCAUGGAGUACAAGCUCUGGAAGUCGGCGCGCCUCGACAUCAAGGCGCUCCUCAUGUCGCUCAUCGCGCGCCGCGAGAUCAAGAAGGAGGUCUCGCUCCGCUUCGCAAAGGUCUACCCCAUGCUCGUCGAGUCGUUCAUGCUCAGGGACCGCGAGCAGGAGUACUCGAUCUGCUUCCUCACCGUGCAGCUCUUCAGCGUGCCUUCGAUCGCAACCAUGCUCGUCCAGAAGCACGAUUUCAUAUCCAAGCUCAUGCUCCUCCUCCAGGCCAUCUUUGCGUCUCCGCCCGUGACCGACAUCAUGGACCUCAUCCUGCCCCCCAUCAGCUCCGCCCGCCGCCAGGCCAGCGUGCACCUCAUGUUCCUGCGCCAGUCGCGCAGCUACCACAUCUUCUACGACAUCCGCUACCUCCUCGCAUCCGAAGGCGUCCAGAAGCUCAUCGCCACCAGCGCGCGCACCCACACCGACUACUUCCUCCAGUGCCUCGCCCUCUUCCAGUCCAUCCAUCCGUCCAGGCGUGCCGUCUCGGCACACGUCGAGUUCGAAAGCGAAAUGUGGAUCCCCGUCUUCCACAUCAGCUCUCACCUCGGCAAGGCGGCCAAGAUGUUUGGAGAGGCGUUCGCACACGCUUCGCCCGACCAGCUCGUGGAGGCCAUCGUUUGCACAUUGGAUGCCAUCAGCGCAACCUGCGAGCACCUCACAGUUUGCGAUGCAGAGUCGUACCCGCCCACCACCUUCCACGACGCCCGCUACCGCAUCGGCGCCGAUACUGGCACCAAGGUGCUUCCCGUCGUCUCGUUUGCAGUCGAGUCGCAGCCCGUCAGCUUCCACCAGCCGAUGCACUGGCUCUUGGCCGAGCUGCUCCGUCAGAUCCCGCUCGUGGGCCACCAGGCGCUCCAGCGGUGGUCGGGCAAGCAGCGUCUCGACGAGCUGCUCCAGGACAGGGUCGACGAGAAGAAGCUCCUCGUGGCACUCGACUAUCCGCUGCGCGUGUGCGUCAAGCUCGCCCAGAUCCGCUGCAACAUGUGGGUGCGCAACGGCUUUGUCAUUCGCUCACAGGCGCACCACUACCGCGACAACUCGAUGCGCGGCAUCACGUUCGACCAGGACCUCCUCCUCAUCCAGGCCGCGUUCGCGCUGCUCGACACCGAUCGUCUGCUGCUCUCGAUGCUCGACCGUUUUCAACUGCUCUCGUGGUUCGACGUCGCAGACGCAAACGCCAACAAGCCGUACGAUGCGACGCAGGGCAUCUUCCUUGCGGAAGAGCUGCUCUUCCUCAUCGUCACGUGUCUCUCGGAGAUGUCGUCCGUGUGUGCCUGGUCCAUUGACGCCCAGAUCCGACGCGAAGUCAUCCACUUCCUCGCGCUCGGCCAAGGCACCUUCUCCGACGUGACCAAGAACAUCCCCGAGAAGUUCACCGACCUCGCUGCGUUUGAGCGCAUCCUCUCGCAGGUCUCCACCUUCCGCGCUCCGGACGGCACGCACGACUUUGGCAUCUUUGAGCUCAAGGACGAGUGCUACGCCGAGAUCCAGCCGUUCUUCUUCCACUACACGCGCAACCAGCGCGAAAAGGUCGAGGAAGUGCUUCGCGCUCGUCAGAAGAAGCACUUGGCUCAGACCACGGCUCGUCAGGCUUCGACCAUCAAGGACGAAGAGCUGCCACCGCUCGUGCCGAGCCCGUGUCUGGGCCAGCUCCGCGGCACCCUCUUCGGUCGCAUGCCCGAGGUGCUCUCGAACGACGUGCUUGUCUCGCUCCUCUUCCGCGCGCUCGACAACACGCGGGCGCUGGACACCUAUGCGCCGGACAUGCUCGUCGACACGGCGCUCCAGAUCAUCAUGAUCGGCCUCGUCGAUGCCACAGAGAGCUUCGCGGACAAGGCUGCCACGCUGCCGAUCGCCAGGCUUCCGGCGAAAGGCGACGAGGCCGCCGCAGCCUCAUCCGAGGCGACGCUGGUGGAACUGCUCUGCCAGAUCGAGCUCCUGGAGGCCUUCAAGCCAUUCAAGACCAAGAUCAGCUGGUGUUUGGAGCAGCUCAUCUCGCACAACGCGACCGCACGCGGCAUUGUUCAGGCGCACUUUGCUGCCACUGGACGUGGUGACGCUGCGGCCACGGCCGCGACCAAUGCCAAGAAGCCACAGAGCGCCGACGAGGCUCGCAGAGCAGCCGCCAAGGCGCGCCAGGCCGCCAUCAUGCAGAAGUUCUCGGCACAGCAAAAGAGCCUGCUCAAUCAGUUCGGCAGCGACGACGAUGACGAUGACGAGGGCGAGGUGGAUGCCGCUACGUCGUCCGUGGAUGCCGAGGCGAGGGCGCCCAAGAAGAGCUGGGGCAGCUGCAUCCUCUGCCAGGAGAAUCUCGCCACCGACAAGGCGUUUGGCAGCCUUGCGCACAUUCAGCCGAGCCGCAUGAUGCGCAUGACGCCCAAGCAGGACGCGCCGAGCCUGCAGCAGGCCUUGGAGGCGCCGCUCACCAUGGACCGAAGCAGCGACGACGGCAAGCGCGUCCAGGGCGCGCCGCCCAUGGGUCGCUCGGGCUUGCCGCCCAGCAACGGUGGCAGGACGAGGCAAGGACCAGCGUACGGCAGCUUCCCGCAGGAGGACCACCGUUUCGGCUUCUACGCGUCCACGUGCGGCCAUCUUAUGCAUCUGCACUGCUUCGAGACGUACUGCAGGAGCGUCGAGCAGCGCCACACCCAGCAGAUUGCGCGCAACCAUCCAGAGGAACUGCAACGCUCCGAGUUCAUCUGCCCGCUGUGCAAGAGUCUCGGCAAUGUCAUCCUGCCCGUCGCCGAUGCGACGCCGGCGGGAGAUGCGUCGAGCUCCAACGGCGGCAAUGCGUUUGUGCCGUUCGACUCGGUGGUGGCGGACGACAUGCCGCUGCAGGACUGGAUCCGCAAGAUCAACAUCGACAUCCUCAAGCACUCGUCCAAGACCAACGUGGCCGACUACCAGGAGACGGAGCACGGCAGCGGCGCGUUCCUGCCCUUCUUUGUGGAGCAUUCGCCGAGCUCGCUGCAGGUGCGCCUCGAGAUGGCGAGCAUCGACCGCUCGACGGCGCAGAUGAUCGACCGGCUGAUGAACGUGCUCAAGCCCAUGUCGCAGGCGACCAAGCCGGCGCGGGAGAAGCUGCAGCAGCACACGAUCCUUGCGCCGCAGGGACGCAAGAUGUACAUCCCAGAAGAGGUGGUGGCGUAUACGAUCGCCAUGCUCGAGGUGUCGCAGCGCGGCAUGACGCCGUCGCCGUCGACCGACUGUGCGCUUCCGGUGGAGCAGCGGUCGGUGGCGGACGCGCUCAACGAUCCGACCGUCGACUUGCUACGCUCUCUGCUUCACUGCCUGCGGGUAGCAUCCUUGACGCUCAACGAGGGAUCGAGGGGACCGGACAUCAUCCGUCGCGGACUGCUCAAGCGACUGCUGCCGCACUGGGGCGGGGACGACGCUGUGCGCUCGCCGUUGCUGCUGCGCGACCCGAUGACGAUCCUGAUCGAGGCGGCCGUCGUGGCGCCCGAGGCACUGCCGCAGUGCACGGCGCUCAUGUACUACGUAUGCCUGGUGCAGACCGUGUUUGGCCUCGCACAGCCCUCGAUCUGGCCGCAGGUGUACGGCCAUAUGAGCAACAUGUUUGGACCCAACUCGGCGCUGCGGCCGGGCGCCGGUCUGAAGCCGGGCCAGAUCGCCAAGGAGGACGUCGACGAGGCGCGACGCAUCUUCCCGGACGUGCGCUGGACGGUGGCCAACAUCAUCGGUUUCGUGGGGUAUGCGCGAGGCAACAUCACGCUCGGGUUCGAUAAUCUGGACGACGACACGCUGGCCAAGAUGAUCUGCAGCUACACGCUGCCGUUCCUGCGGCGCGCUGCGAUCCUGCGUCGCGUGGUGGGCGUGACGGUGGCCGGCGGUGCCAAGGUGGGGGAAAGCACGGCGGGCGUGGGCGAGUAUCGUCGGCUGUUGGAGCAGCUGCAGAUUCCGCUGCCGUCGGACGCGCUGCCGGUGCGUGCGGAGAAGCAGACGCCCAUGGCGAGCAUGGUGGAGGGAUGGAUCAAGCAUGCGUAUGUGCCGCUGGCAUCGCUUUUCCGGCCGCUGCCGAUCCAGCCGGCGCCGCUGGGCAACUCGCUGUUCGGCAGUCAGCCGCCGAGUCUCGGUCACGAUCGGCCAUCGUCUGCUGCGGCGGCGGUUGCGGGUGGGUCGAGUAGUGCUUCGCUGGGCGGGGGACGGUCGGGAGGGGGUAAUUCGUCGCUGGCGACAUCGUACCUGCAGGCGGCGGAGACGCAUCCGACGCUGCUGCUGGAGCAUCCGCACGUGUACGAGCUUGCGCGGUUGCCAUCGGAUCUGGCGACGCUCUUGCAGGAUACGCGACGACGUGCGUGCAAGAAAUGCGGCAACAUCCCACCCGAGCCGGCGCUGUGUCUGUUGUGCGGCGAGGUGGUGUGUCUGCAGUCGUUCUGCUGCCAGAGCGAAGACGACGGCGAGCGCGGCGAGUGCAACCAGCACAUGGACCUCUGUGGCGGCUCCACCGGCGCGUUUUUCAAGAUCAAGAGCAACCUCGUGCUGCUGUUGUAUCAGGGCAACGGCACGUUCCACUUUCUCUCGCCGUAUCUCGAUAGGCAUGGCGAGAUCGAUGUGGGAUUGCGCAAGGGCAGGCCGCAGAAACUGCACCAGCAGAGGUACGAUGAACUGCGCAAGCACAUCUGGGCGCAUGGGGUGGCGAAUAUUGUGGCGCGCAAGAUCGAGGCUGCCAUGGACACGGGUGGAUGGCAGACGUUCUAG